AUGCAGCCAUCACCCCCGGCAGGUCAGGAUGGCCAGCUCAUCCAUGGUUUCCAGAUCAGUUUAGCCUCGUUACAACAUUCUCCAGCCUCGUCAUUAUCCGAGGGGGUCUGGCUAGAAGAUGUAUCGGACACUCCACUUCGUGGCCCGAGUGAUGAGCUGGCCAGCCAGUCUUUACCAGAGGCUACUGAUGCCCAACCCUGUUCUUCAUAUCUUGUCGAUUCGUAUUCAGGGAUGGGGGCUGCGAUGGACAAUUGCCGUUCCGCAGAACUUGUUGUUGACAUGGACGCCAGUUCUGAUAUUGACGGGGCUGUCGAGGAUGGGCCGCAAAGUUGUGAUGAAAGCAAUGAUACCCAGUUGACCCCUAACCCACACAGCCUUGUUACUACUGCCGUGAAUUCUUUGGCUCCCCUGGAAUGCCUACCUAACGAGGUGCUGCUUAAUGUCCUUGGGUUCUUGGACGUUGGUGAUUUAUUGGCCACAUCUAGGACCAAUCAUCUUCUUCGAAGUUUAUCCCUCGCUCCUAUCCUUCACCAUUAUCGACUUCGGCGUAAUCGCCAGAUCCUGCCUCCGUUGCUUUCAUCUCCCAGCAGACCCACGGUCGCGGACCUCAUUGCGCGGUCCAUCUUUCUCACUCACACAUCCGUCGUUUCCCGCCGCCUGGCGUGGUCCCUGGUCUCGAUCCGUCUAUCACGAAGGUUAGCUGCUCGACCUUCUCCCGAGGCUCUUGUACAGCGAUGUGUUCUGCCCAAAGAAUGCGUGCCUGGCAUGGCAUCAGUUCACAUUGCACCAGGCAUAGUAGCCAAGAGAAAGGCCAUUGAAAAGGAAAAGGUCAAAGAUGGACUAAGGCGCUGGAUCGCGGCGAAAUGGAAGGGUGAGCAUAGGGAACGGGAGGAGGAGUUGAGACGAUGGCAUGAGAGCAAGGGAAUAGGCCGUGUUUGGAAGCUGACCAAGUUUUGGGAACGUGUUUGA